AUGACCGGGGUUGUCGUACAGUUUCAAAUAAUUAGAAUGAAGCUAACAAUUGUCAUCAAGGUGAUGAAAGCUGAAAAGAAACUAGCCUUCGACAAGAAGUUAUGCAACCUCGUGGAUGAGUACAGACAGGAUUUGUCUUCUGAGGUUGCCCUCCUAGCCAAACUUGGGAUAAGAUCAUUCUCGUACGGGCUUGUGGUUCUCUUUGUCUAUGACAAUGGAUCUGUCUUCAACCCAAAAGUGCUCAACUCCACUGAGGAUGAUCUCGUUGGCAAGUUUAUAACUGGUGUUUCUAUGGUUGCUUCGUUGUCACUAGCUCUUUAUUAUCUAACUCUUGUAGUUGCGCCUUGGGUGCUCAUCAAUACUUACAAGAAUCUUUUUACUGUUGUUGUUGACACUGAAUACACCUUCAUACAAGUUGAAGGAACAUCUCAAGGAUCCAAGAAGAUUAGCUUCAAAAGUUUCCUCUUCUCUUGUAUCGGCUGA